CACAGGUGAAGUUAUCUUCAGUCUACUUCACUCAGAGUCACUCUUUCUCUAUAGUUCCUUAUUUCUCUCAACAAAUUUUACAAACUAUGGAUCCCAAAAUGCUCUUAACAGUUACAAUGAUCUGCAUUGUUUUCAUCGGCGUAGUCGGUGGCCAAUCUCCGGCCACCGCACCGAUCCAUUCUCCUUCUACAUCUCCUCCUCAUCAUAAGCCUAAAUCCACAUCUCCCGCCAUUUCUCCACCUGCUCCAACCCCCGAAUCCACUCCCACGGCGGAUGCCCCAGUACCGGUAGAACCUCCCGUCGAGGCACCUAAAUCCGCGGCUAAUGUGCCCGUUACGUCUGCUCCUUCUCCUACACCUGAGGCUUCUUCUUCUCCUCAGAUCUCUCCUCCGGCUCCUUCACCGGAGGCUGAUACUCCUUCGGCUCCGGUGGAUGCGCCGUCAGCCGACGACGUCCCGGCUCCAGCUCCGAGCAAACAUAAGAAGAAGACGAAGAAGCAUAUGACCGCUCCGGCUCCUGGACCAGCUUCGGAGAUUCUAAGCCCUCCUGCACCAUCCGGGGAAGCUCCUGGUCCUGGACCAAGCGAUGCUUUCUCUCCCGCCGCGGACGAUCAGAGCGGAGCAGAAAGAACAAGUGUAAUGCAAAAUCUGAUGGUGGCAGUAGUCGCAUGGCCUCUACUUGCUCUAGUCUUCUAAUAAGUUUUUUGUCUUGACCAUACCAUUUGUCUCCCUCAUUACAGCUCAAAUUUUGUAUUCAGCAUUUGAUCUACUAUUUGUUUUUUUUUGUAUACAAAAUAAUAAUAAUUUUAAUACUUGCUAUCUUAUCUUCU